AUGCCUGGCCUCUCUGGCAGCAGUGCCAGGACCUACUGGCAGAGUCUGUGGUGUAGCAAGUGUCUGGCCAGGAAGGAGAUGUAUAUCUCUGCUUCCUGCAGCCCUCCCAGCUCUGGGGGAUUCUUCUGGGAAAUGGAAAAAAAGGGGGAAAGCAAUCGUGUGGACUUUAUUCUGCAGGACAGACAGGUAGCCCGGGAGAAGACCUGCCAGUUGCACAGCUGGCUUGUUUCUGACAUCACCUGUGGUCAGCAGCGCCACCAAGAGCCACCACCAGGGGGCAGAGGACCCUCUCCUUUGGCCCAGUCUCUAGUCCCCAUUAAUUACAUCCCGUGGGUUGCGACCCCUUUAAGUCCGCCUUGGAGGACCCAGAUCCAAAGUUCGGGCGACCCUCUAGCUGCUGUCUCUAUGGUAAAUACUCACUUCCGGCCGGAAGUUGCUGGCGGAGCUACUUCCGCCCAGAGGAGUAGGAAGCAACUGGAGACGUGUGCUUUGUCCUGUUGGAGUGGAAACCCGCUCUCGCCUCCUGGUGGUCGCCUACUCGCGGCCCGCAGGAUGACUCAGGGCAGCCCUGGCCACAGUUCCGCCGCCACCGGCCCUAGCCUGCGGAGUUGGGCCCGCCCCGGGACGCUAACGGAGCUCUGCCGGUUUCAACAGAAGAUGAGAAAUAUCCCCCGACGAUUGGCUGAAAACAUGCAGCAACCACUAUUUUCCUGCUCCUCGUUGAUGAGAGCAUUGGAAGUGACGUCAGCGGGGGAUCCAGGUAUGUCAAGCAUGGAGACAAAGUGUUCAGGGCAGAUGGUCUCGGGAAAGGCUCCUGUGUUGUUGAACCCGCCAAGUUGUGGGUGCAGCAUUGUACCAGGCAGCCCAACCCUGACCUAAAGUAAAUUCCCGGGAGAAGUCUUUCCUGGGUUUUGAAUUUGCAGUAACAGGUGUGAGCAUUCUAGCAGCAGUUUGAUGAUCAUGUAUGAUACUGCAA